AGGUUUUGGUAUUUUCCAAGCCCAAACACCUUAUUAGACCAAAAAAGUAAACACUAUAAGUUUGUUUUUCCUCUCUCGAAAAUCAGUAUCAGGUUCCAAAGUAUCAGAUUCCAAAAUUUGCAAUUAGGGUUCUUGUUCUUCAAUCGAUCCCAAAAAUGGCGCAAUCUCAAUUCAAUCAAUACUUCUACCCCCGUGCACUUCAACUCCGCCACUCCCCUCCCUCCCGCGAAUUUCCCAAACCCAAAUCCUUCACCAAUCCCUUCAACACAAUCGAAGAAGAUACCAUCGUUUUCCCCGUCGUCGACGACGGCAUUUACCAGCCAAAAACAAAGAAAACCCGCGCUGCUUACGACACUCUCCUUAUCCUCAUCCAGCAGCCUCUCCCCGGACAACCACUCGCCGGUCAGCCACUCAGUACAGUACGAUUCGUCGCUGAUAAGAUUCUUGAAAUUCUCAAAAACGACGCCGUUAAUGACCGUGAUAAGAAGAUUAAAAUUGAGAUGCUUCUUGAUUGUAUCCCUGAUUAUGUCUUUGAUCAGCUUGUUUCAAUUGGGAAACUUAUAACUGAUUUCUAUGGGUUUGCUGAUGGGAGUCAUGUUGAUGGUGGCAUUGUCGACCGUGUUCGGAGUAUGUCUAUUUGCAGCAAUAAUGGCGGUAUUGUUGAUGGUGUUCGUAAUUUGUCUAUUUGCAACAAUAAAUAGAGCAUUAUUAGGAGGAUUCGAAGAAACUGUAUAUUGAUGCAACAUAUAGGCCAAUUGAAGAACUCUCAGAGGAGGAAAAAAAAGGUAUAAGGAUUAAAAAAUUGGUUUUUUUUAGUUCAUGGAUAUGUACAUUAAUGUUUUUUUUUCUCUUCUAAAAUGAAGUUAAAAUUUUGAAAAAGUGAUUAAGGCUAGCUGUUGGAUUGGAGAGACUUAUAAAAUGCCCGUUAGAUGAGAAGAAAAAUUAGAAGUAACACUGUUUUGUUUUGUUAUAUCUGAUCUGGUAGUGUAGUAUUCAAGGAAAUAUAAUGUCUAGACCAUAUAUGGUUUGGAAAGUCGAAUCAUGCCAAAAGUUUGGAACUAGUUUUAUUUCAAACAUCCUAUCCAAGUUAGUUGAGUUGGAAAAACAGAUUUUGAUACUUUAAGUUACUCCUUAGUUUGCUAUAGUCCUGACGAUAUUCCCAAUGCACUGCUCUACAAUGACUGUUUGGCUAUUAAUUUAAAGUCUUUGUAUAUCUUUUUGGAUGUGCUUGUUUUCUAUUGCUUAUAUCUUUACAUUAAUCGUAAAAUCUAAAUAUAGAUCCAAAGGAUUGUGUGUUCUUGUGAUAUUCUCCUAAUCGUAAAGGUUACAAGUGUCUUCUUGCCUCUGAUAGACAUUAAUAAGCAAUUAUGUUAUGUCUAAUGAGUUAUAUUUCCAUAUCCAUUCUUUUUUCAUACUAAUUCCAUGCUCUGUUACCACCCGCCACUUCGUCUUAUUAUUCUUUAAGCAUACAUUGUCUCCUUUGCCGCCACAUCAGAUUGUUUCCAAAUCUCAAUUCAUUUUUAGCAGCACCUAUCUCUUGACCAAUCAGCCUUGGACUUCUCCCAGAUUUGGCUUGGAAAGUCAAAUCAUUCAAAAGCUUUGGACAUAGUUUUAAUUUCAAACAUUGAAUUUAUCUUCAUGUCUCAUGAAUCCAAUCAAGUUACCUGAGUUUUCCACUCUUCACACAUGAGUGGAAUCUUCCACCAUCGUUUUGCAACUUCAUAUUCUCUUCUAACUCAUCUUCAUCUAGAAAUAAGCCUCUUGCUUACUCUAUCAAAAACUGAACAUAGCAGAUUCAGAAUUUUUCUUAUACAUUGUGACUCCAAUAAGGAAAUAAUUGCAGAUUAGAAGGUAACACUGUAGUUUGAUUAUGUAAAAACUGUGAUCUGUGGGGUCACUAAUUGCUAGAUUAGGAAAUUAUUUGAAUAGCUUGACUAUUGGAACACUGGAGCUUUUAUUUUUGUUCAUUUUCUUUUGGAUGAAUUGAGUGGUGUCAUCAAAUGACCAAAGCCUUAAUUAUGCAUUUGCAGUAUGUUUUUGGUAUUAAUAGUCUGUUCAUACAUAACAAGCGACAAGUGUACACUUGGUUAUUUUACUAUUGAGCAAGCUGCAAUUCUUUUUUACAUUGGAGAUUUGCUCUUUGGUUAUUCUCACAAGGGUUUAAGCUAUGAGUACAAUUUUCAAUAAUGUUUAUUCAAGAUAUGUUUGGUUCACUUUAUUUUAUUUAGAAGUAUACUGAUAAUUAACGGUAAUUAUCCAAGGCAGAAAUAUUUCCAAGCUAACUAGGUUGAUUUCGUUUUGGCUUGAGAAUGUUUCUGCUCUGUGUGUGCACUUUGUGGGGCAAAGACUAAAAAAAUUUGGUCCCACUUGAAGAGGCUGUGUGAAGAAUUUUUAAAGUAGUGUGUUUGGAAAUAUAGUGCAGAACUGUACUGGGUCAUCGGAGGAUAAAAUCCAUUAUAAGUAUCUCGUCAACGAUGUCCAAAACCAGAUUCAAAGAUCAUGGAAUUGAUGUAAAUGAUUUAUGCUAUAGUUAGGUGGAAAUAGUAAACAGUAGCAGAAGACUAGAAAUUUGAAAUUGUUGCUUGUAUCAUUAGCUAUCUUUAGCUUGUACAUGACAAAAAGUUGUAUCUUUAUAUCAUUUUCUAUGGCAGAUGAAUUUUUUUAUCAAUCUUGUUUUCAAUAGCUUGUAGAUCAACUUGUUUAUCUUUGAAAAAAAUUGAGUCGUGAAUUGCAUCA